GCGAAGAAGAAUGAGGAAAGACGAAGAAGAAAAAAACAACAUCAGAAUCAGCGAAAGGUAAAUGUUGGAUCCAUGAUGGACGCUGACGCUCAGCAUGUAGUCGAAUAUUUAUCGGAGGUGGAGGAAGCGGCUGAAGAUGUUCUAACAACGAAACAACAGAUAGUUGACCUGGACGUGAAGAAAAACAGGAACAGAGAAGCACUGAACGCACUGAAGGAUGAAAUAUGUUCAGAAAAAGUCAAGCUUUGCUUUGGAAACAUGUUCAUCAAAUUCCCCAAGUCCAAGGCAAGAGAGGUCAUUCAGAAAGACCAGGAACAGUUGGACAAGGAACUAAAUGACCUUCGCAACGGACUAAAAGCAAAAGUCAACCAUCUCAAUGAGAUUCAAGGAAAGCCUGAGCUGAGGGGCUACAACCUUUUACCACUGUCCACCGAUGAAGUGAAAGCUAUUAAUAGCCUUUUAAAAAGGUGACCCAUCACAUCCUCCAACCACAGUUACUACUUUACAUUCACUUCCUGAGCACCACUCUACAUCAUUUUUAUAGUAGACUUACAGUGAAGAAAAUAAGUAUUUGAACACCCUGCUAUUUUGCUAUUUCUCCCACUUAGAAAUCAUGGAGGGGUCUGAAAUUUUCAUCGUAGGUGCAUGUCCACUGUGAGAGAGAUAAACUAAAAAGAAAAAUCCAGAAAUCACAAUGCAUGAUUUUUUAACAAUUUAUUUGUGUGAUACAGCUGCAAAUAAGUAUUUGAACACCUGAGAAAAUGAAUGUUAAUAUUUGGUACAGUAGCCUUUGUUUGCUAUUACAGAGGUCAAACGUUUCCUGUAGUUUUUCACCAGGUUUGCACACACUGCAGGAGGGAUCUUGGCCCACUCCUCCACACAGAUCUUCUCUAGAUCAGUCAGGUUUCUGGGCUGUCGCUGAGAAACACGGAGUUUGAGCUCCCUCCAAAGAUUUUCGAUUGGGUUCAGGUCUGGAGACUGGCUGGGCCAUGCUAGAACCUUGAUAUGCUUCUUACGGAGCCACUCCUUGGUUUUCCUGGCUGUGUGCUUCGGGUCGUUGUCGUGUUGGAAGACCCAGCCACGACCCAUCUUCAAUGCUCUGACAGAGGGAAGGAGGUUGUUCCCCAAAAUCUCACAAUACACGGCCCCAGUCAUCCUCUCUUUAAUGCAGUGCACUCAUCCUGUCCCAUGUGCAGAAAAACACCCCCAAAGCAUGAUGCUACCACCCCCAUGCUUCACAGUAGGGAUGGUGUUCUUCGGAUUGUACUCUUCAUUCUUCUUCCUCCAAACACGCUUAUUGGAAUUAUGACCAAAAAGUUCUAUUUUGGUCUCAUCUGACCAUAAAACUUUCUCCCAUGACUCCUCUGUAUCAUCCAAAUGGUCAUAUGCAAACUUAAGACGGGCCUUGACAUGUGCUGGUUUAAGCAGGGGAACCUUUCGUGCCAUGCAUGAUUUCACAUCAUGACGUCUUAGUGUAUUACCUACAGUAACCUUGGAAACGGUGGUCCCAGCUCUUUUCAGGUCAUUGACCAAGUCCUGUCGUGUAGUUCUGGGCUGAUUCCUCACCUUUCUUAGAAUCAUUGAGACCCCACGAGGUGAUAUCUUGCAUGGGGCUCCACUCCGAUUGAGAUUGACCGUCAUGUUUAGCUUCUUCCAUUUUCUAAUGAUAGCUCCAACAGUGGACCUUUUUUCACCAAGCUGCUUGGUAAUUGCUCCGUAGCCCUUUCCAGCCUUGUGGAGGUGUACAAUUUUGUCUCUGGUGUCUUUGGACAGCUCUUUGGUCUUCGCCAUGUUACAAGUUAAAGUCUUACUGAUUGUAUGGGGUGGACAGGUGUCUUUAUGCAGCUAACGACCUCAAACAGGUGCAUCUGAUUCAGGAUGAUACAUGGAGUGCAGGUGGACUUCUAAUGGGCAGACUAACAGGUCUUUCAGGGUCAGAAUUCUAGAUGAUACACAGGUGUUCAAAUACUUAUUUGCAGCUGUAUCACACAAAUAAAUUGUUAAAAAAUCAUGCAUUGUGAUUUCUGGAUUUUUCUUUUUAGUUUAUCUCUCUCACAGUGGACAUGCAC